AUGAGGAAAGAAGAUGUAUCGGUAAGAGUCAGAGAAUAUGAUAAGGAGAAGGAUAGAGAAGAAGUUGAAGAGAUGGAGAGGCAGUGCGAGCUUGGGCUUCAAGGUAAGCCCUCGCUCGAUACUGACCUCAUGGGUGAUCCCAUUUGCCGAAUCCGCCAUUCUCCCUCCUAUGUUAUGCUGGUUGCAGAAUAUGGAGAAGACAAAGGAAUUGUUGGGGUUAUAAGGGGAUGUAUAAAGACAGUUACGAGAGGGAAGGAACCUAUAGGCAGCUUCCCUAUCUAUGCAAAAGUUGCUUACAUUCUUGGACUUCGUGUGUUGCCCACACACAGGCGAAAAGGCAUUGCCACAAAACUGGUGGAGAAGCUGGAGGAGUGGUGCAAGGAGGAAGGUGCGGAAUACGCAUACAUGGCGACAGACUGCACCAACGAGGCUUCCAUCAACCUCUUCACGCUAAAAUGCGCCUAUGUCAAGUUCCGUACCCCCACAAUCCUGGUUCAACCGGUGCAUGCACAUUACAAGCCCAUAGGUCCGGGGAUUACAAUCAUCCGACUCGCUCCACAUCUCGCCGAGUCAAUCUACCGACGAGUCUUCACCAACUCGGAGUUCUUCCCCAAGGACAUAGACGUAAUUAUCUCCAACAAACUCAACUUGGGAACGUUCAUGGCUUUACCCAAGAGAGUUCUCCAUAAGUGGGACCCAAAAUCCGGCCACCUUCCACCGUGUUUUGCUAUCUUGAGCGUGUGGAACAGCAAGGAAGUGUUCAAGUUGCAAGUGAAGGGAGUAUCGGUGCUAAACUACGCCUUGUGCGUUGGGAGUCGAAUGCUAGACGCUUGGAUGCCGUGGCUGAGGAUACCAUCAAUACCAGACGUGUUUCGACCAUUUGGGGUUUAUUCUUUGUAUGGGCUGCACAUGGAGGGAGGAAAAGGUGCUUCGCGGCUUAUGAAGAGUCUAUGUGCAUUUGCUCAUAAUAUGGCAAGUGAUGAUCUUGGGUGUGGGGCCUUGGUGGCAGAGGUAGGAAGGAUGGACCCAGUGAGAGAAGCGGUCCCACAUUGGAGAAGGUUUUCCUGGGCUGAGGACUUGUGGUGUAUGAAGAAGUUAUCGACGACAGAUUAUGAAGAUGAGAAGUCUGGGGUCCCUGAUUGGAUUACAUCUCGUCCAUCCUCGCCAGUGAUUUUCUUUGACCCUCGAGAUUUUUGA